CUCCUAUAUAAAAUCUGUAAACGAAUGAAUAUCUAAUUAAACCUUCGCAGAAUGUUUUCAAAUAAUAUGGAUUUCGGAUAUCCUACAAACUUUUUUCACUACAAUGAACUAAUCAGAAAAAUUUGUGGGUUGUGGAUACCAGGCAAAGAUACCAGUUUUAUCUUUAAAUUCUUUUACUUUUCUUUCUUUAUAAUAUUAUACGCUAUGGGCGUUUCUUUUAUAUUUUUGGAAGUAUUGGUCCUAAGAAGAACUAUUUCAAAAAUCAGCGAGUUAUUAAGCCUUAUUGGCAUACUACUGACUCAUAUUGUUGGACUAUUCAAACUGGGAAUUUUAACUUUUGGACGUAAAAAAAUUAAGAAAUUGAUGGAUGUACUUCAAGAUCCAAAAUAUCAAUAUGAACCUAUUGACAAUUUUAAACCAGAUCGUGUGUUUUUAAAAGAAAAGAAGAUUAAUUCAGUUAUUUGUAUAACGAUAUUUGGUAUGUACACUUUUGCUGCAAUUUCGGCCAUCAUGUCCAUGUAUCUGAGAGUUUUAAAUGAAGUACACGUGGAUAUUUUUGAGGGUACAAAUGUGACCUGUUACGAUUAUUUACCAUAUUUGCAUUAUAUAUUUUUACCAGUUGAUACCAAGUCUGCAUGUUUGAAGUAUUCGUUCUAUCAAGGAAUAUCAGUACUUAAUUUUGCAUGGAUAGUAGCUACCGCCGAUGGGACAUUUGUAGCACUAAAUAACUGUUUACAAGCCCGACUAACAAUUCUUGGAGGAGCUUUUAGAACAAUUCGAGAACGGAGUUUCAAAAAUCUCGGUUUACCUAAAAAUUAUCAAUUAUUACAUGACAAAGAAAAUCCAAAACUGGAAGAAGAUUUAUCUAGGUCUUUUGGACAUUUAAUUAAUCAUUUAAGAUUACUCAUUUCAGUUAGAGAUGAAGUCGAAUACGUUUUUUCAUUUAUAACUCUGUUUCAAACACUAGCUUCUCUUCUGAUUAUUGCUUCUUGUUUGUUUAUCGCAUCAAACGUAAGUAGGUAUUUUAUAUUUUAUCAUAUAACUGACGAUACAAUUUUUGUUAAAAAUACAUUGAGCAUUUAA